GAAACACCAGUUCCAUCAAUAGAAACAGAAAUAAUACCCAGUUUGCCGCCACACCUUACUCCCAUGAGUACUACUGAAAUAGUACCAGAAAUUCCUACAACAAAAUUCCCCAUGUCAACAGUAUUCAAACUACCCACUCAUCCGACCCGGUUCACUCCGAUAGAAACAAAAACACCUGUUCCCUCAGGACAGACUGGGAUAGUGCCGAGUGUUCCACCAAUUGUUUCUGUCAUGAGCACGACUGGAGUGAUACCUGAAACCACUAGUAGUGCAGGCGGCCUUAUUCCAACAGGAAUGAAGUUAUCAACUCAUCCGACUGGGUUUACCCCAAUAGAAACAGAAACUCCAUCUACCCCAGGACAGACAGCGAUAUCGCCUAGUUUACCUCCAUAUUUUACUCACAUAAGUACUCCUGAAGUAACAUUAGAAAUUACUACUACCACAAAAGGCCUCACGCAAACAGGAUUCUAUCCUCCGUCUCACCCGACGUCGUUCCCUCCGACUGCUACAAGGAUAUCUCUUCUUCCAGGGCAGACAGAAAUACUACCUACUGCUACUCCGCCUAUUACUCCCAUAAGCACCACCGAAGUUGUACAAGAGAUAACUGCAACUAGUGGAAGCCUUCCCUCAACAAGGUUCAAGCCGCCGCUAUAUUCGACUCGGUUUCCUCCCACCGAAACAGUAACACCUGUUCCUUCUCUGCAGAAAGAGGUACAUCCUAGUGUUCCGCCACAUAUUAGUACCGUUAGCCCUCUCGAAAGAAGAACAACAGAGAUAACGUUUACCGAAAGCUCUCCUGCGAGUGAAUCGAUCUCACACCCAAGGCCUACAGAGCUGCCUUCAAGAGAGCAAACGACCAUUCCACCAUCUUUACGAUCAAUAUAUCCGUUUACUUUUGUUCCAACACAGAUCACACCCUUUAGCACGACUGAAGUUGUAGCACCAAUCACCACUGGUGAAGCUUCCUCUCAUCCGACUUGGCUUCCUUCUAAAGAAGCAACGUCUCCUCCUCCUGGCUUGACACAAAUAUUUCCUACAUCACAAGAAACAGUUAUUUCUGCAAGUUCUCCCCGCGCGGGAACGCUAUUCAGUACUGCCGUCAGCGCCACGAGAAGACUACCUGGUGGCACUGGGGUGCCGAAAACAACGGAACUGUCCCCAUCUUCAGCACCUGGAGUGUGGCCUUCAACGAAAGAAGAAUUAACAUCUUCUGGAUUACAGUCUGUAAUAUACCCGUCCGCUCCUCCUAUUAGUGGCAGUGCUGGCACUACGGAAAUUAGUCCUGCAUCGCCGAUAUUCGGUACGCACACCUCAAUGAGUAGUACCCCUAAGACAUCACCAAGUCCUUUUACAAAGGAAGGGGAAACCGGCGGUCAAAUACACACUACCCUACCUCCUUCUGAAACAACAUCUUAUGAAGUUUCUACAGGAACUGGCGGCAUAGUCGUAACAUCUUUAUCACAAAGUACUGUCGAAGUUUCUACGGAGGUUAUUACACCCGAAAUAGGUUAUCUCAUGCAACUUCUUGCCAUCCUGCGCAAGGACCUGGGGUACCUUACCGUAAACUCUACGGUUCUCAGAUCUCUUUUUAUUGAGGUGGCUUACAUUGGGACUACAAGGGCUUACGACAUCUUUUCUCUCGCCCUGACAGAUCUGAAGCGACAUUGUGACCGCCUCGACCCCAGUCAAAGAGUUAUAGUAGCCUUCGAAAUUGCCCGCUUCCUGAAAACCUACGGCACUAAGAUUCCUCACAAUAUCGUGGUUCAAGCUGUGAGCGUCUUUCUGUGUGCUAUUGACCACAAGAGUAUCAUCACCAAGCUUUUUCCAAAAGAGGCUUAUGUAAUUGGAAUCGCUGAAACCGUUGUCGACGAUCUUACUCCACCCGACCUAAUUCAUUUGAUUCAUCUGCUUUAUGCGGAGCGCAACAUAAGCAGAGUCGAAGAAUCUCCAUGCGCUGGCAUUCUCUGCGAAGAAGUGCCCGAAAGCAUCAUGGACACAAUUGAUAUGCUAGUAGACCGGUAUUUUCCAAAUUCCGCGCCCCAAAAGAAGUGGCUCAUAAUUGAUAUCGCGAGAGCACUGAACUUGCAGCCAGAGGUAGACGAAGACGGGGAUGAGAUGGUAUAUUAUAAACUUGGAGACUACGGCGUCGUUUUGGACGAGCUACGAGAACCGAUGCUGUCGGAAGACGAAAAAGCUCUUCUCACUGGAAAGUUCUUCGCAGAAGCACGUAAAAAUGCCAAGGCGAACCGUAAAAUAAACGUCAGCGACUUGGAAGAAGUGUGGAAAAUGGGAGAGGGUAAUUUACCGCUUACAGCCGUUAGGUCGUUCAUAGCCCUACUGAAAGUAGUUCACGCCAAGAAGAUCGCCCUGGAGCCGAACGAUCGUGCAAGACUGCUGGAAAUAGCUCUCCGUUGCGACGGUCACGAGUGUACAAAGCUGCCCUCGAGAGACAUCCACAACCUAAUUUUCGCGCUCUGCAACGUGGGCAUUCGGGACGGCUUUGCACUUUCGAAAGAAGUAAAGAAGAAGGUUUCAGACUUCAUCGUGGCGCUUAAGGACGCCUACAUCGACUCAAUUUCGCUGAGGCGGUGGAAGCGCAGCUCCGAAUUGCUGAAGCCGAAGGCUCACGACUACCUCUCCGAGAGCUCUCCGUCUGAACUCAAAUACCUGAAGGGGUGGCUCCAGGCCCCCAUAAACCUAGAUGACCACCAUUUUGACAACCCGGGACAAGGCCGUUCUUUGAGUGAUCCUCAAGUUCGUAACCAAACGCUAAUUUCCGAACUCUUUCAGUCCUACACAAACGAGAAAAGCCCCAAACGCAAGGCCAUGCUUGCUGAAACCUUGCUGGACAGUUAUAACCACAGCUUCAGGGCACUUGGUGCUGGCGUGAAGGACACAGAGAAGUUCAUCGUCUCGGUGCUUCGGCAACUGCCGGCCACCACGACCAGGCAGAACUCCCUCGUGCUUGGUAUUCUGGAUCAAUGCAUCGGGUUAGGAGAACCUUGCAUCAAUGUGACAAGAUCGGAAGACGUUGCACCUCUGAAGGUUAUACUGCAGAACAUGUCCCUGGAGAGAAGUCCGAACCUCGUGUCCACGCUCGCCCACAAGCUGCAAGACGCCGGGAAGAGGAAUGGCGGGCACUUUGAUCUGUCGUGGAUGCAACCCCGUCCGUCAAAGAAGAAGAGUUCGAAGGGCAAGGUCACCAAGCAGAAGUCUCCGUUAGCGGAAAGAAUGAAAGUUCCGUCUUGAGAAUGGGGCUCUUGCCGCUUCAUACGAUUUUGGGGAAGAAUAGAAAAAUAGAACAAGAAAAUUAAAAGGGUGGGGGAGGCGAACUUUCGAGUAGGUUGUUAGUUAUGUGUCCUUGUUUUUGUCCAAUCGGCUAUUCAAUUUGAAGC